AAGAGUCACUAGACGAGAGAUAUUAAAUCGAGUGAGAGAGCGACGUGUAUGCUUUUUAUUGAGUUUAUAAGCCACCAGUCAAGCCUUCAGUUACGGCGGUAUACGAAAAACAGCACCAGAGGACAGAGACUCGCAGCUUAAGCUAUGAGGACGCUGCUGACUGCGAGACUCUCCGUGAAAACUGUAAGAUUGGAACUGACCACAAGGAAGACAGUUCUACAAACAGUCAUCCACACAGUACCUGUCAAUCAGAGAUGGCCAUUCCAGCACCUGUUUAUUUCCUCAUAAAGGAACAUGCGAAGUCUUUAGUUGCCAUUAAGGAACUUCAAGACCGAUUGACAGCUGCUGAACAUUUCCAAACCAAUGCCAUCACACUAUUUCAAGACAUCGAGCAACAAUUAGUACAACGUGAUUACAAAUAUAGAUGUCUCAGUGAUAGGAAAUAUCCAUACAACAAGCUUCUUCACCAGUUCCCAUUUCCUCAACCAACUAACUUGGUUUCUGAAUGUCCAAAGAGCAGUUCUGGAAGACUGGGAUCUUCUUAUUCCUCUUCACUACACUUGUCUGCAAGUAACAGUAGUACUAGACAUGCCGAGUCAAAAAGAAAAUUGAUUAUGGAAAGUGACAAUAAACAGGAUAGUGGCUUGGAUUCAGACUGUCGUGAUCAAGGACAGGGAAGUAGUUUAACUUUUGUUAGUAAUCCUAGCAAUUUUGCCAUGUGCGAAAGAAAAGAACAGAUUCAAAAAGAAUCUUGUAUGUGCAUGUUUGGGGCUGGUGAUGAACUAUCAACUCUUUUGGAUGUUAUUAAUCAGAAGGGACUUUUGCUUAGAAAACAAAUAGAUGUUAUGAAUCAACAGCAUGAUAUAAAAGGUGAGAAUUAUUUAGCAAGCUAUGAACAAGAUUUUAUAUCCAGACACCAAACAGUGCAAAAUGUAGAAAUCAAACUUAAACAAGUUGAAAAGGAAAGAAGUGACCUGUUCAACAAAGUUGUACAUUUGGAGGCUGCUUGUCAUGAACUGGAAAAGGAAAAAAAAUGGCUUGAAGAAAGACUUGAAACAAUAUUAUUAGAAAAAGAACAACUGGAAUAUCAUAUUCAUGGAUUGUAUCUUCAGUAUGUUAAAAAUCAGGGAAAUGAAGCUGAGCAGUGGAAAGAAGGUAAACUCACAGAAAAUAUUUCCCAACCUAAAAUCAGUCAGCCAAGAAAUGAAGCAGCUUCCUCUAGUCUUCAGCCAACACUCUCCUGUCAGAACAAAGUUUCCUCUGUUUUUAAGGAAAGUGACCCUAGUCUUCAGGCAACACUGUCCUGUCAGAACAAAGUUUCCUCUGUUCUUAAGGAAAGUGAUAUUUUGAAACUUCAACAACAACUGAUUACAUACGUGUUAGAAAAUGAAAUUUUACAAACAAAGAUUCAACACUUAGAAGAAAUUCAUAAAACUUCAAAUGUGAUAGUUGAGAACAAGUUGACAGUUCAACUCAAGCAGCUUCAGAGUGAGAAGGAAGAACUCUGUCUUAUGCUGCAAGCAAAUAAAUUAGAAUUAGAAUCAAUGCAUGCCAAAGUUUUCAUGCUUAAGAAAGAUCUCUGUUCUUUAAUUCGGGAAAACCAAGAACUUAAGCGACAGAUAGGCAAAUCUUCUAAACAGACAUCUGCAUAUCAUUCCAAGUAUCAACAGCUUCAUGAGCCUACAUUGGUUAUGAACUCUGAGAGAAGCAGUCCAGACACGUAUAGUCUUCCUCCAUUUCUACCAUUAGAAACUAUAUAUGCAAAUCCUGUUUUAAAUAACUAUGUGCAAAAUAAGUAUAGUGAGAAUGACAAAAGCUCUUUUUUGAACUUAACAUGCCCUGAAACCCAAUCUGAAAACAUUAGACAUUAUGAUAUUAUUACUUCAACUCAACAUGGGGAAUCUUCAAGUAGUCAUCAUUCAUUAGAUUUUGAAAGCCCAUCUCAUUGUAGACAAAGUCGUCAUGAUUUUACAUUAUUACCAAUGAAUAACAGUCCCCAUUCAUCACCUGCUUUAGAUGUUUUGUCAUGUUCAUCCUUUACUCAAAACAAACCUUCCGAAACAUGUCAAGUUUCUACAGUAAUAGAAAAACAGGGCUCAUUGUCUCAAAGUGAAACUUCAUCUCCAGUCUUUCAAUUCAAGAAUAUUCAUAAUACUAAAAGUCUCUCUUAUAAUAAAGAUGCUUUAGAGAAGUUGGAGAGGAAUACACAGUCAAAGCAUAUGGACAGUAUAUGUAGUGAGUUUGAUCCUUUACAUACCACAUUUCAUAGGGACCCCUUGAGGCAAAUGGAAUUUGUUGAUUCAUUAGACUUAUCUGUACCAUUAAACCCAGAGAAGACACACCAGAGUCGCAGACGAGAUCUACCCUUCCCUCGUAGUGCUGCCAGCUACUUAUCUCAACAGAAACUAAGUGCAUCACAGGACACUAGACUAGAUUUUGGAUUUAGAAAGCAACAUGGGUCUCAAAAAAUAGCCUUUCAGACUGCUAGAGAAAAAAAUUCAAAAAAUUUGCAAUACCAUCUUCAAAAUCUUUUAGAUCGUAUCUCUGCAACUGUUUCUGGUGAACCUCUCCUAUGAUACUGGGAUCUUUAUUUAUCUAUACAUCUACUUAUGUUAUUGGAUAUGCAGGUGUAGUUUCUUUUUUGUUUUUUAUUAUUUUCACUAAUGAGCAUUGACACAUCCAAAUAAUUUACAACAUACAAUAUAAGUUUUCAUUAACUAACAUGAAUGAGUGAGCAAUUUUAUGUAUUGAAUGGGAUCAUUUAUCUAUUUCCUUAUGUGUACAAUGUAUUUCAUUUAUAGAUCUGUGAUGAUGUUUUUUGAGCUCAUAUUCUUCAAAUGCUUCACAUGUUUAUGAUUGUAUCAGAAGCUGUAUAAAACUUUUCCUGUCUAGAUAGAAUACUUUAAGCAUCUAUAAUUGAAGCUGAAAACCACUAAUACAUUAUAGAAUUUAUGGUUUCCAGGAACCAUAACUAACGUGGUCUUUCAGUAUUCUGUGCUUUGCCUUUUUGAAUGGAGCUAGACAUGUUUGUCUUUCAGGAGAAGUGCAGAAGAAAUGUAAAGUAUGUGAAUAAUUUUCUCAACUGAUAGAGAAUUUAUUGGCUAUAAUUUAUAGUUUGUUUGUUUCUACUUACACAUAGGUACAUAUAUUUUCAGUUGUUUAAGAAAAACAUUUAGUGGAUUAAAGUAGGUAAUUCAUAGAUUUGUUUUAUCUAAUCUAUGAUCGUUUUUCCUCUCAUUUAUUAUUCAGUUUUAUUUAAGUCUUCUUCUUUGUAGGCAUAUAUCAGUCACAGAUAUGAAAAAAUAUAUAUAUUAUAUAUAUAUUUAUGCAACUUAAGUGCCCAGGGGUUGUUUAUAGCAAAUAAUUAUAUAUAAUUAUACGAGUACCUAUUCAGUCAGUACGUAUAUGUACUUUAUUGUGGAUCAUAUUAGAAUAGUCAUCCAUUCAGUGCUAAGGCAGAAGCUGUGCAAGAAAUUCCAGCCCUAUAAUGUUGUAGAGCUUUCUUAAUAUUUUGCAACAAGGUUUAGGUUUUUUUUUAAAGUUUUAAGUUUCAUAUCGGCAAAAAAAUUUAAAAUCAUGACUAGCUCUUACAAUAAAAAAUGUUUUAAAGUCAGUUUGGAACACUUUAAUGGGUUUUCUGAGUAAUUUUGUUUUUUGUAAUAUGUACGUACAAGUGUGUAUGGACUUAGAAAUAUUUGAAAAAAUUGCUUUAAAACCUCCUAGUAUUAUAUAGUUUAAAGCAUACUAAUACAUUAAUUGGUAUUAGAUAAAUUUAGAUAAAAUUUUAUAGAGCAAUAUACCCAGUGUUUAAUAUUAUCAAUCAAAUACUACAGCUAUUUUUAUAAGAAUAUACAGUUUUGUGAGAAAACCUUGUUAUUUUAGGUUCUUUUUUAACCUAAUUAAAUUUACUGAUUGUCUUCUACAAUUUGUGGAUUAAUUAGUCCAUGAAUUUUUUUAAUGGGAAAAAAAAACUGAACUGAAUUGUGUUAUUAUUCUGUUCCAUACUUAGAAAAUACACUUUUUAUUAUGCGUAUUUCAUAGAAUGAAAUAUUACCUGCAUGUAUUACAGAAAGAUAGAUACAUGUGCUUGCAUGAUAAAACAGUAUUAGCUAGAGUUGUUUUUUGUAAAAUAACAUUAAUGUUUCAAGCAACUGUUUUCUUCCUUAUUUUAUUGCUGAUUAACAGUAAGAUUGGUUGAACAUCUACUAUAGCUGUUGACAUAGUUUAUGAUAUUAUUCAAUAUUUUACAUUAAAACAUGUAAGGUAUAAAGAGUAGAGAUUACGGUAUUUUCAAGUGGAAAAUUAAGGUACUGUAUAUUCAUGACUUUUUCAAUUUAAAUUAUGUUCUCUAAAUAAUGAUUAAUCUGUGGCAAAAUGGAUUAGGUUGCAUGGGGUGAACCUUAGGCCCUGAUUUGUAUAUCAUAUUUAGCUGUUGUUUUUUUUGUCAUCUACAUAUACAUCUCUAUAUAUUUUCUGAAUGUAUGUACUUUUUGCAUAUCUAGUAAAUUAACUUGUGUUUCUUUUGGACACUAAAUCCUUUGUGGUGAUUUAGUAAUACACACACACACAUAUCAUAAAAGUUAAAAAAAAGCUGUAUUUAUAACACAGAAGUUGAAUAAUUAAAAAUCAACCUGGAGCUCUUAGAAUGCCUUAUUUUAGAAAGUUAACUAUUGUACAUUCCUGUUUUAUCAACCCCAUAUUUUCAGAUUAGGCACUUUAAAGUGAGAAACUGGAGAACAUAAGAAAAAUGUUGCCUAUUGAAAAUAUGAGUGUUUUUAGCCAUAUGUAUUUUUGGAAUUUGUCUGAAAAUAUAAUUAUUUCAUAUCACUGUUCACUAGCUUAAGAUAUGUUUCCUUACAUGCAUUAACAAGUACAUAAAUUAUAUGUAAGAAAUAUCUGUAAGAUAUGAAAAUUAUUUUAAGUACAUACAGUUAGCUCUAAGUAUAUUUUACAUGUAAAAACUUAUUUAGUCUAAUCAUGUUGAAAUAAACAUUUAUACAUUACUUAUUCAAGGAUAUAUUUCAAUGAAAAGAUUUCUCUCUCAUUAGAGAGUUAAAAUUACUUUACAUUCAAAGAUGUCUCAUCUUAUGUAUGAUUUUGUUAGUUAUAUUGCAAAUGAAUUCUAGUAAGUUUGGAACUUAAAAAAUUUUUUUUUAACUUAUGCUUUGUAUACACAAAAAAUUAAACGUGUGUAAAUCAUGUGUUUCUGGUAAAUGUAGAAAUGAGUUAUAAAAUACUUGUACAUUCCUGGAGUUAAAAAUGCUUGUGUUUGAAAAUAUUUUAAAAAUGAAAUAGUAAGAGCGUAACUAAUUAAACGUGUGAGAAUUGUGUUUCUGGUAAAAUAUAAAAUACUUGUACAUUCCUGGAGAUAAAAAAUGCUUGUGUGUUUGAAAAUAUUUUAAAAAUGAAAUAGUGUAACUUUGUUUAUGAUAUCAAUUUAUUAUGUUAUAUGUACUAAUGUAUAUAAUUCUUUGUAAUAAAGAGAACUAGGAAAAAUGUAGUCAUAACUAACUUAAGACCAUUUUUAAAGUCUAUUUUUCAUAUCAUGCUCUUUGUUAGAUAUAAUGUAUUUUUUUAAUUUUAAGAAAUUUCACCCAU